AUGACUCUCCCAGCUUCACAGGAACUCCAACAAACCCUGUCAUUGAGCAUGGAAGGUGCACCGCUCCAUAUUAGUACAUUGAACAGCGAUGGGCUAAGCACACUUUCAUCUCAUGACGCAAGUGGCUCCAGUAUGAAUUCCAGCAUUUUCAGUUCUGGAUCUGAUCCGAUGUCCAUAUCAGAAUUAGUGAGUGGAAUUCAAGGUCUCCAUAUGGGACCAAGUCGCAAUUCAUUAUCUGGUCGAUCCACUCCAAUUGUGCCCAGUACUACAGACUGGUGCGAUGCGUCCACUCCGCGACAAUAUUACAACCCCGAUGGCGACAUUGGCAUGAUUGACCAGUUCUCCUCAGAGCAACUGUUGGAUGUUGCUUCAUUAUAUGGAGUCUCUGAGAAAAUGGAAUAUGACGCAAGACUUCAUCGUUCCGCUGCUGUGUCGUGUGAGGCGACCUUUACUUGGAGCGGAAAUCUUCCUAUUCGCCUUUACGUUACGCCCACUUAUUCACCAAAGGUGUUUCUUGGUGGGGUACCGUGGGACAUCACCGAAGCGUCAUUUCAUUUGACUUUCAAACCAUACGGACUAGUUCGGGUGAAAUGGCCAGGAAAAGACACCAAAGGACCUCGCUAUCUUCUACGAGCUGGAUACGUUUAUCUGCUAUUUCAAAGUGACAAGUCCAUAAAAAGUCUCCUGCAUAACUGUACUCGAGAUGUCACAACCAACGAAUGGUUAUUUAGGCUGUCGAGUAGACGCAUGCGCAGCAAAGAAGUGCAGAUCUGGACUGUAAAGUAG